AGAAAUGCCUAACAACUCCAAACAUAAGAAAAAACAACAGAGACGUCAACAAGAAGCCCAAAAAAAGAGCCGAGCGAAACAAAUUGAGACAGAUAAGAAAAAUGAUGAAUUCUUAGAUACCGAGCUUGAUGAGGUAUCACCGUUGGUUAUUGACGACGACAUGACGGAAUUCAAAAAUAUGCCGAAAGUUGAACUUCAUGCCCACUUAUCUGGAAGUUUGUCUCCAGAAACAAUCAAAUUGAUCAUGGAAAGCGAUGAAACGAGAGCUGAAGAAAUCAUGAAGAAAUAUAAACUCGAAAAACCAGAAAAUAUGACAGGUGUCUUCGAUUGCUUUCCGGUAAUUCACGCAAUUCUCCGUAAACCAGAAGCGAUCAGAAUAGCGAUUCGUCAAACAAUCAAGGAAUUUGAAGAAGAUAAUUGUGUCUAUCUUGAGCUUCGCACAUCACCAAAAGAAACCGAUUUCAUGACAUACGAAGACUAUCUGCAAGUUUGUAUUGAAUCGUUUGAAGCGGCCAAACAUGAAUUCCCGAGAAUUAAAACAUUUUUAAUUGUGAGUCUCGACAGGAGGAUGCCUUUUGAAACUGCUGCACACAUUCUAGGCCUCAUUGGUGAAGCCCAACAACGAACCAAUGUCAUCGUGGGAGUGGAAUUAAGUGGAGAUCCUCAUCUUGACGGUAGACGUCUUCUCAAACUAUUUGUUGCUGCUCGUCGUUUUCAUGGAUUGGGAAUUACAAUUCAUUUAGCAGAAGUUCUACAAAAUAUGGCUGAUGUUGAGGAUUAUCUCAAUUUGCGACCGGAUAGAAUUGGGCAUGGAACAUUUCUUCAUACAGAUCCAUAUACUGAAUACUUGACGAAUAAGUAUAAAAUUCCUUUGGAAAUCUGCCUCUCAUCAAACGUGUAUUCAAAGACAACUACUAACUACAGGAAUUCACAUUUCAACUAUUGGAGGAAACGCGGCGUACCCGUGUUCAUUUGUACUGAUGACAAGGGAGUCAUUCCGGGAGCCACACUGACAGAGGAGUAUUACAAAGCAGCGAUUACGUUUGAUUUGAGCACGGAAGAAUUGAUCGGAAUAAAUCAAGAUGCAUUAUUGAAUUCUUUUGCCUACAAGUACAACGUAACCGAUUUAACUGAGACGUUCCGCAAAAUCAAUAACAACGUACUGGAUUAAGGAGUUUUCUACUUGAAUUUAUCUCUCAAAUGCUUUCAUAUCAUCUGCUUUUCUCUUUUUAAAAUCAUACUUUGCUCGAUCAGAAAACCCUCGAAUGCGACAGUUGACGCAGCGAAAUCCCAACGCGUGACAGCCACACUACAGUUUUGUGUGGGUUCUUUGAUCGAGUUUUCUUACUCUCCUCUUUUCAUUUUUCCUUCCGAGUACUUUGAUCACACCUAUACGGUUUUACUCACAUUUGUCAAGUUGGACAUUUUACAUAUUCUGUGCCAUUGCGUGAAGGUGCUUGCACUUGUUUUUUUCUCUAAACUUGUGCUGGUGUGGCGCCUGAAUAGUCAGUCAGCAUUUAUUUUAUUGAAAGAAAAAUCUAUGUCCAAAUUUCGUUGUAUUUCUAUUAUCAUCUUGUAUUUUAACAUUCAAUAAGAGGAUUCCAAUAUUUGUAUUUUUAUUGAAUAAUAUACAAGUUUUUUACCGUUCAAAAAUUCGGUGAAUAUUU